GGAGUUGCUGUGUAUAAGCCACUGGUUAUCUUAUCUAUCUACAAACCUCAAAAAAGAGAUGAAAGGAAUGAACAUUUUAUGUGCAUCCCAAGCUUCAACAGCCGUACGUUCAAGCAGGGACCAAGCCUCAGCAUCCUCCCUUCAAACCACUACCAUUAGAGACUCCAAAAGGUUCGGUAAAACCCUUCCUUCAAACCUUUGUACCUCUCAGCCACCGCCAUUCAAUCCUUUGCCUUACCAUCAGCUGAAGAACAAUGAGAAAAGGUCUUCCAAUAAUGAAGUUUCAGCCAACUCCAAUGAUCUCAUCAAGAAGAACAGUUCGUUGAAGCCAACCGAUGCAAUUACAAGGAAAAGCAGUUGUUCUGACAUUAAAGAUGCAGAUACCGGUGAUAAGCAGAUUCAAUCUGUACAACAAGAUCAACACCAGGUAGUGGUUCUAAAGGUGUCAUUGCACUGCAAAGGUUGUGAGGGAAAAGUGAGGAAACAUUUAUCAAGAAUGGAAGGUGUGACAUCCUUCAGCAUCGACUCUGCAGCAAAGAAGGUGACAAUUGUUGGAGAUGUGACACCAUCACAAGUGUUGGCCAGUGUUUCCAGGGUUAAGACUGCACAAUUUUGGACAUCGGCUGUUGCCUCAACCAAUAAAAUGAUAACAAAGUAGCAUUGUUAAUUACUUCUUUGAACAAGAAAUCUAAGCAAAUUAGACUAUUUUUUAUUCUGAAAAUGGUAAUUUAGUUUGUCAUGGAACUCGACUCUG